UAUGCAGGGGAUCUAGUUUCAGGCAUUUCUUUUUACGCUUGAUACUUUAGGAGGUUAGGCCGGAGCAAGGAGUUUGGGGUAGCCAGGCAAGAGGGGAAGUGAUUGCGCUCGGGUACUGUGCGUGAGUGACAGCCUGGAAGUGCAUCUCUACUCUCAACUGCAUCCUCCCAUUUGCUCACAAACCUAGAUAAUUCAACCCAACAGACAGGGUGAAAACAUAGACCAGGAUUUUUACUGGAGGAAACUGAAAUUACGAAAAUGAACGAGACAGAACACAUCCCGCUUGCAGAAUACGAUUUUGAGAGAAAAUUUGAUGAAAAGGGCGCUCUCGAAUGGAUGCAAGAAAACUGGAGCAAGUCCUUUAUGUUCUGUGGACUGUAUGCUGCAAUCAUCUUCGGGGUCCAACACUUCAUGAGAGAGAGGCCCAAGCUGAACCUGCGCCGACCACUUGUCCUCUGGUCACUCAGUUUGGCUAUCUUCAGUAUCAUCGGAGCUGUCAGGACCGGAUGUUACAUGUUUCAUGUCCUCAACAAAAGUGGCUUUAAGCAGUCGGUGUGUGACACCAGCUUCUACAGCGCUCCUGUCAGCAAGUUCUGGGCCUACGCCUUUGUCCUGAGCAAGGCCCCUGAGCUGGGCGACACGGUGUUUAUCGUGCUCCGUAAGCAGCGCCUCAUCUUCCUGCACUGGUACCAUCACAUUACCGUGCUGGUCUACUCCUGGUACUCCUACAAGGACCAGGUGGCCGGUGGUGGCUGGUUCAUGACCAUGAACUACCUGGUCCACUCCUUCAUGUACACCUACUAUGCUGCCCGGGCGGCGGGUUACCGGGUGCCCCGACCCUGCGCCAUGGUCAUCACGGCCACCCAGAUCAUGCAGAUGGUGAUGGGGCUUGCUGUCUUAGGCUUGGUCUACCACUGGAUGCAUGAAGUGCGCUGCCCGUCUUACGUGCCCAACAUCGCCUGGGGCUCACUCAUGUACCUCAGCUACCUGCUCCUGUUCGCCUCCUUUUUCUACAAGUCCUACCUCAAGGUUGCCGCUGACAAGGAGUCCAAGGCCAAGUAGGUGCUGGAUUCGUCAGAGGCAAGUUGUAUACUGGGCAAGUCAUAUUUAAGAGUGUGCCUAAUUGAGAAGAAUAUUGCGUUGUGCCAUAAUGUGUGAGUCACAACUGGUUUUUGCUGGUUGCUGGGUCCACGUCAAUUGUGGCAAGCCAAUUUCUUCCCACCCCAACUUUGUAUUGCUGUAGCUCAUCUAACUCACUAGAACCCUGGAUAAGACGAUAAUGGAACGGUUGUUGAGAGUGGACAGGGGAACCAGUGCAUGAUCAGGACACAUUAAUAUAAUAUCCCAUUAAAUUUAAAAAAGGCGAUAGAGAGUGCAGCUCAGUUUGAAUAAAUGUACUACUCACUGCAUUUUGAUUUCGUGCUUUUGUUAAUCAAUCUUUUUAACCAGCUGCUUCAGUCAGAAUCUAGUGAAAAACACAGCCAUAUGAGUCCUGAGGUUUCUCCAAGGGCAGUUUACAACCGCGUUUGCAGUCUGCACGUUCAAUGAAUUCGACAGUCACUUACAGGACAUUAUUCAUGCCGAAUGGCUCUAACUUGUAGUGAAAUCUGGUGCUUUUUAGACCAGCGCUGAGAAUUGUCUCACUGUAUUAGACCUCACAACCCUAUAGUAUAACGAAGUGACGAUCAAAAGGAACCAAUGCACUGAUUAAUGAGGAUAGUUUUUUUCUGUUUUAGUUGUACGUAAUUGUCUGGGAAUAGGUGUGAGGAGAGAAGCACACGGAAAGGAGUGACACUUGGAAUAAUGUGUCCAUUGUAAAUAAUAUAUCUUAAGAAUGUAUUUAUUUUCUUAAAAUCUAAAGUCUAUGGUGGUCCUUGGAGUGUACCAGGAAAUAGUGGGACUCAGUACAUUUCUGCCCAUCUUAAAUUGUGCAGUAUGAGUUGUGCACUUUUGUAUUUGAAAUGUUUUUCUUUACGUCACAACAAUGCACUAUAUUGUUUUUUUAAGUAUUACAUCUCUCUGUGUGUUCAUUAAAGAAUCGGAAGUCCCCUGAGAUUAUUUUCAUUUGUCAAACAGCAGCUGAUUGAUCAUCAUGUCACCAGAAUAAGACCCUCAAUAGUUAUUGGAAAGGAGCAAGAAGCUCAUCACCAUGCAUUUUUACCACCCUGUGAACUUCAUCAUAACUUCCCACUGGGCACAGACCUCAAUUCAAUAUCUGAUCCAUGGUGGUUCAACAUAAUUUCAUUGAAAUAACAUGGAAACAACAUUGAUUCAACCAGGGUGUGCCCUGUGGGUUAUUUAAUUUGUAGCUUAAUAAACUGAAUGCUUUCCCGAGUCAUAGUGGGAGAACCACACACCAUAUCAUGGUGUGAAUUCGAGUUCGAUAUGACAGUUAUUAUAUCAAUAUUUGUGAAUACUGCCAUUUCUCCCAUAAUACAUUUUACAGACAAAAACAUCCCACCUAGCGUAACAAAUUAGCUGUCUCCAUCAGGCCUGUCGUGACAUUUUCUAUCCGACAUUUACUUUACUCGCAUAAAAAUGUUGGAUGGUACCUGGUUACUGUAAAGCCCUAGUUAUUUUGUUGCUUUGACAAAGUCAUUUCUGAUGAUGAUUUAUUUCAUGUGAUUAGUGAUUAAUCUAAUCCAGGGAUGGGCAACUGGCGGUCUGCAGCCCCUCUGUUGUAGGCCUGCAGGUCAAUUGACCCCCCCUGGGAUGUGAGUACACAGACCCGCGAGCUACUGCGGCCCCUCAUGAUGUAUUCAAAGUUGCCCAUACCUGAUCUAAUCACAUGAAAUUUAUGUCAACCCUGUUACGUUUAAGGUCAACUCUGUAACGUGAACUGAACUCUCAUUUUAAAAGGGUGAAACUAUAACUAUUUUUUUCAAAAGGAACAUGGAAUAUCUAAUAGUCAAAUCAUUGUGUAAAAGCAGGUGAGCUGGUUCUACUCUUUUUGGCCAUUUCCUGUUGUUUUGUGGUGGGAAACGUAGUGGGUCGAGCAUAACAUGUCAACCCUGUUACCCAUAGAUAGACAGGCUUGAAAUGUUUUAACAAAAAAAACAUUUUUGGGGGAAGCUUGCAUUUAAUUUCCCUUACCUGUUUAACACAACAAGCUUCCAUUCCAUGUCACAAGGGGAAUAAUGGCUGAUUUAAGAUGAAAUCGUCAACCCUGUUACCGUCAACCCUGUUACCGUCAACCAUGUUACUAUAUUUGGCAUUUAAUAGGCAUUUACAUUACAUUACAUUUAAGUCAUUUAGCAGACGCUCUUAUCCAGAGCGACUUACAAUAUAGUAAAAAAAAGUUGAGAUGGGAAAAAGUGUUUUUUAUUAAGUUAAACAUUUGUUCUUUGACAUAAUAUUAAAAUGAGGUUAAAUAAAACAUGUUAUAAUACCCAGAAAGGUACUCAAUUGGUGGAAUGACCCAGAUACUGUUACACAAAGAUGCAUAUUCCUUUUUGUUUCCUCCUAUUUUAAAUACGACCACCAGUGUUGAUUGGAUACAUUGUGUAAGUAGAGGCUUAGGUCAAGGCAGUGACAUAGUUUUGUUGUCUAGAAUUAAGUAGGUACAGAAAGUAGUGUCUUGUAAGCACUCCUAACCUCUAGUGAGUUUUAACCCUUGGCAGCUUAUGUGUGUCUUCCUUUAUGUUUGUAAUAGAGCUGCACUGUACUAUCUCCUUCCUACCCAUCCUUCCAAAGCCACACUGGUGUGAGCACAUUUACUGUAAUGUAUGUAUCAGCUGGGAGUAGUUAUGGCUUAAAGUAUACAGACUAUUUUGAUGCUGUGUGUGUGACAUUUGCCUUCGUAAGCACUACUAGACAUUUUUUUUAAACCUUUCAGUCAUGUCAUGUUUUAUACCCCCCCCCCCCUGUGGCGCGCCAAGUGUGUCAUGGAGCUUGUACUCUUAAGUUUAUUAGCUUCCAUCACAAAGGAGACAGUCUAGCCUGUACAUGGCUGGUAGUCGCCAAAUGUCUUAAGUAGUGCUUAUAAUCUUAUUAUAAUGUUGUGUUUAUGAAGUAGCUACACUGCCCUAAUGUAAUAUCCUUCAUAUUACUCAAAUGUAACACCUGAUGCUGCAGCAGGCACAUUAAUGUAUUGCCAUUGUUAUAGAAUAGUACAAUGAGCUUAGCAGUGUUAAGAAGUGUGAAUCAUUUUUAAGACCACACCAGAAGAGUGAAUCUGCAAGAAAUAUUUAUUUCACUUGGCUGGUGUUGAGUCAAUAAUGAUGAUAUUAUGAUCAUAUUGUGACAUUAUACAUGUUGUCCACCCUCUCCCUUGAAACCAACGGUUGCAUUUUAGUUGUAAAAUAUCGUAACGAUAAUACGCAGGGAAUAUACUCAGUUUAUAAUACAUUCAUGUGUGUGCCAAAUUAUGCUUCUGCAGUUUUCUACUUUGUUAGGUAAAUGUGAACACAGUUCGUGUUUGUAUAUUAUCUUUGCUGAUGUAGAGUGUAAGAAGACAUGCUUAUGCAUCCCUGUGAGUCCGCUAUCUACUACGUUACUGAUAAGAAAGGGAAAAAACUGUCAAGAGCUUUGAUGUUUAAAUGUUUGGAUUUAAAAUGUUGAAACAAUAAAUUCAUAUCGGUUUUAAAAUA